UAGUCGUGCGCACCAACCGGUUGUCUUCACAAGGCCGCUAGCAUUUCGUGCAAGAAUUGAAUGAAGUUUUAAACCGUUUCUUUUUCGUUCCUUUUUUUUGUUGUUGUUGUUAUUAUUGCUCACCCUCCGUUUUUCUUCCGGGUGUGACCAGUGCGGCUCGGUCUUAUCUUAGUGGAACGUCCCGUUUCUCGCACGCUGUUGGAUUUUAAGAAUCUUCCGAGUCGGUUUGACAGGGAUGUCGGCUAACAGUCAAACCACGAUCCAAAAAAGGAUCCGGACCGGAUCGUUCAAGCGGUGUGGAAUGCAGGCAACCAAUGACGUUGCCGUCGUCGGCGCCAAGGUGGCGGGCUGCGGGAUUUAUCGCAGCAGAGAAACAUCGCCUUUAGUCGGAAACACACGGCUCCUGAAUAGCAAAGAUUCGUCAAGAACCGUUCUUCCGGAUCACUCCACUCGGAUAGCCACUGAUUGCUCGUCGCCAAUCGUCACUACGUCCUGCAGCCGAGAUGGCGAGUGGAACGAGAGGCUGAAUCCAGAGCGGAGAAACCGACCGGACGUCAUUGAGCGACGCCCGUCCGUCAUGAAAGCCGCAUUACAACAACGACGCUCAGGUCCUACUAACCCCAUUGCGGUCGGACUUGCCACAAAAACAAGCCGAUCAACAUCUUCGAAAAUCCCUCGGCUCAAUACUAUCACUCAGCUUCGAGUCAACGCUAACGUCGGACGGUCGCCGGACUCUUCCGUCAUGAUGGAUCCUAACGAUUCGUCAUUGGAUUUGAGUCAAAUCGGCCGUAACAGAAGCACUUCCAGUAGUCAAAGUAGUAACAGUAGUUUAAUAGCAAUCGGCAAACCGACGAGUCGACUUCUUCCGCCCGGAAGUAUUGUGUCUGCUAAACUGGCAGCCAACCAAGUAGGUCGUCGUGUUGGACAACAAACCCCAAGUGCUCGUGCUAUCACGACUUGCACUCCCGUUUCCGUCCAGAAACCGGCAGCCAUCAAAUCCAAAUUGCCCGUGGCUACGUCGACCGUCAGUAGACGAGCAGAUUGCCGUAGUACACGGUCGCUUCCGGAGGGGACAGUUCGAACAAAAGUGAUCAGUGCUGCAACAACAGCAACAACAGCAACAACAGCAACAACAACAGAGAAUACGACGAGUGCCAGUGUAGUAAGUAGUUACAGUAUCAAAACGUCCAAUCGUGUCAUGGUCGUGGCGCCUCAACAGAAUAACGGACGGAUGAAAAAUGUUUUGCGUCCCGUUGCGGCCACGAAAUCGAUGGCGGUGCGGAUAGCUCAUAAAACACCGUGCACAACAACGACAGCCGAUCGUGGAAGCGUGUCGAGGAAGAAAGGCAACAACACAGCCGGAGGGCUGCUUCACAAGAAAGAGGAUGAGGGUGGAUUGGAAUGUCGGUCGGUAUCCGCUCCAGGCGGGGGUGAAAUAUGUAGGGGGUCUCAAGGUCGGCUGGAGGGUUCUUUGUCUGACCCAAGAAUAACCCCAACACCACCAACAACACAACUACCUGACGAGCUAGACCACCUCCACCUGGAAAAUGUAACCGACUCGUUGCUCAGUCAGACUGACAAGAGUGUGGCGACUAGUAGUGCAGGCCACAGUACAACCGGGUCGACUGGAUUAAAUUCAAAUUUCUCCUUGGAUCAGGAAUUCGUUCAUGGAACAGUUCAACAGCCUGUGAUGCAGUGUCAUAGUGAACCGAUGGAGCGUCCCGCUUCCUCGCACGGAGCGUCACAAGAGUGGGCGGCGGUGAGCAUUCCGGCGGCGGAAAGCAACGAAAUGUUGGCGCGAUUAGAGUGUGAACGGCGCAGUAUUCGGGGAUCUACUCGUUACCUAAACACACCUACCGUUGUGGCAGAUGUUGAAUUGAUGGAGCUCCUGGAACGCGACAUUCUCAUAACCGACCAGCAGCCAACGCCCGAUAAAUUCGUUGAAAAUCCACAACGUUCUCUCUCGCUACCAAAAUCUUUCCUUGCCAACAAGUACGGACUAAUCGGAUUAAAAGCGGCCUUACCCAGCGUCCGGUUUCCUUGGAGGAGAACCGAGGGGAACCGUGUCACGAUUUCGCAAACGACCGCUUCUUCUUCCCACCAUCAUUGCGAGACUUCAACAAAUGUGGCGAAUACAAGUUUACCGCCAUCCGGGCCCAGCACUGCCUCAAACGUUGCGCUGACCGCUGCAGCUAGACGGCCUGCCGGAAGCGCGUCGAUUACGCGGACGGCCCGCCGCUUCAAAUCGACUUCGUCACCUGUUUUCAUCGAAGAUGGGGAUGAUCAUGUUAAUCGAAGUCAUUCCGCCUGGGAUCUUGCGAGCCGACCCUGGUCGCAUCAUGGCGAUGUGUCGCUCAACGCAUCCGAAUUCAUGGAGAAACUGAGCAUAGCAAAAACCAAUGAAGUACAGACGGAAAUGAGAGAAACGACGACAUCGCCGACAUCCAACAGCUCAACGAUGAGGAAAUUUCGAAAAAGUUUUUCGCUUCGUUUAUCUCGACGGCCAUCGCAAGACGAUACCAACAUCGAGGAGGAUCAAGAUGGCGAUUGUUGCGAACAGACAAGUCCCAUGUUUCGUUUUGGCCCGCUGGUCUGGCGUGCCAGUCGCGAGCGUAACAGCAAAAAGGGUGCAGCAAGCAAGGCUGCCCGCAACGCCAAAUGCAAUAGUGGCGAUAGCGGCGUCCAGAUGGAGACGACGUCACAGCAGCAUAUGGAUGAGAGCGAGUCGAAUGUGCGACGCACUCAAUCGGAUUUGGGCGGCGAGGCGGUGAUAGAGGCGGCGCUGCGAUCAUCGACGCAAACGUGGAAUCAGGCAUCCGCCAUUCCGGAAACGGCGAAGAAUCGCUCCCGUAAAUUGACUCGCCAUCUUGCUAAAGCUCACCUGAGACGGUCGGUUAGUCAACCGAUGGUCGUUCCUCCUGGUGGCAGAGUCCGAUUGGAUGGUACCAGCGACGAAGAUGCCGGUCUCUGUUUAUCUGAAGACGAUAAUCUAUCGGAUUGCGGCAACAGCCCUCAGGCGGAAAACGAAGCGGUCCGUUACACUGCGGCAGCGCAAGGUGUGUUGGCCAUCGCGCUCUGGGAUCACGAUGCUGUAGAAUCGGAAGAGUUGAGCUUGCAAUCGGGCGAUGUCGUUCACAUCCUUGACUUGUCCGAUCCUAACUGGUGGUGGGCAGCUCGAGAUAAACAAUAUGGUUGGCUUCCGGCGUCCUACGUCCAACUGUGCGAGCAGCCCUUCCAUCGCGAACAGGGGCUAGCGCAGGGACAGAAAUUUGCCAGGACAUUGACCCCGGCCGGAUUAGCCACUUUACAGCAUUCCGUACGGGCUAAUGUCAUCAAUGAAUUAGUCACAGCCGAGCGUGACUACGUCAAGUUGCUCAGUGAUUUGGUCGAUGGUUAUUUAAAGCCAAUGAAAUGCCGUCCGGAUUUGUUCACUCUACAAAGAAUCCAGUCCAUUUUCGGCAAUUUGGAGGCACUCUAUGAAUUUCAAAAGAAUUUUCUUGUUGAUUUGGAACAUACGCUCAACUGGAACGCUCUAGAAGACAGCGUUGUCGGUGGAUGCUUUUUGCAACACAUCCACAGAUUUGAAAUUUAUGCAACUUACUGCAAUAAUCAGGACCGUGCGGCUGCAGAAAUGCAACUCUUGUGUGACGAUAUGCGCUACCUCCGCUUUUUCGAAGCGUGUCGUCUUCUACGCCGGAUGAUUCGACUCCCCCUGGAAGCUUUUCUUCUUUCGCCAGUUCAAAAGAUCUGCAAGUAUCCUCUCCAAUUGGCUGAAUUGCUCAAACACACACCGGACGAGCAUCCUGACCGACGCUUGGUGUCGUUAGCACUGGAUUCUAUGCGUUCUGUGGCCUACCUGGUCAACGAGAGUAAGCGACGUGCGGAAAUGCAACAAUAUCUGGUUCAUUGGCAGUCCGGGGUCGACCAUUGGAUGGGAAGCGAUAUUACGACCUUCAACAGUCGAAUGGUUCAUCAGGGCGAACUCUUUAAGAUAUCGUCCAAUGGUUGGACCAGAGAAGUGACAAUGUUCCUCUUUGACAAGGAGCUGGUCAUCUGCAAAAAAGAGCUGAUUAAACGCAGUUCGCUUGUUUACAAAGAUCGCUUGACCGUCGAUGAUAUCGAGGUAUUGGAACCGUUGGCUGCCGUCGACGUCCGCCCCCAUUCGUUCCAACUCAGGUCGUUUCGCCGAGCAAAGUCUUACUUAUUGGCUUGCCGUUCGGCCCAGGACAAAAAUCAAUGGGUAUCGGCCAUCCAACAUCUCCAGCAACAUCACGCCUCGGAUUGGCCAAUUUUUCCAGCACCGACCAUGAAUUUUGGUCGUCAGAAGAUGUCCAAUAAACGGAGUAAAGUCAAACAAAAUCCGGCUCUGAUUUUAACACUGGAGGAGGCUCACCUGACCCUGGAAGGUCGUGACCUGUCUGCUAAAAGAAAAUUCUAAUAUUAUUCUAUUUUGCCCAUUUUAAAUUCACAUACAAAUAUAGACAUUGUUUAUAAUCACACAAUUAUGUAAAUGAUCCAUCCAAAAAUUGUUAUUUUUAUCGGACAAUCCUUUAUUGAUUUUUUUGGUCUUACCUUCAAUCGUUUUCGAGAUCGGCAAGUUGCAACUAGUCAACAUUCGUUUGGAUACUUAAAAAUAAAUAAUUUUUCCCUC